GUCAGUCACAGGCUAAUUUUUUUGUAGGUUAGUUUGUGUGUUGGUGUUGCUCUUUCAUUUUAUACCUAACAAUUAUUGUAUUUUUUCACUAAGUAAAAUGAGAUUGUCUAUAACAUCAUGAAAAACAGAGUGGAUUAUAUAAAUGAGUUGAACUCUUUUGUGAGUUCGUCAAAAUCUUGCAUGCUUAAAAUCUGCGAAGAUUUAUGUUGGAAUAAUGGUCAUGAAGCCAUGCCACAAACGGACCUUCAGGAUGAGAUAGUAGUGUGCCCACUCGAUAGUGGACAUAGGAUGCCCAAAAAGAGUUUACCGUCUCACAUUGAAAAAUGCCAACUUCAUAAACAAGGAUAUUCGGAGAGCAGUGUUAUGUUUCCGCCUUUACGUGAAACUGGACCUCAUACAGUGAAAAUUGAUGAAGUCACUCUCAAUUCAAUUCUGCAACCAAGUGGUGAUAUUGCAUAUUGCGUCAAUUCUUCAACACGAAGGGCAGUGCCUCUGUCAGCCGAUCGCAUGAUGACAGAUUUCACAUCUACAGAAAGAUUGGCUAUUUAUGAUUAUGUAGUCAAGAACACGAAUAAUUGCUCCAAAGAGGAUGUGAAGGAAAUAAAUUUGACAAGUCAUGAUGAGAAGGAUACAAAGCCAAUGACUCUGGAAGAGCUGGCCGCCGCUGACCGGGACGCCAAACGGCGAAGGAUCCGCUACAAAUCCAAGAAAGUUCACACCAAUCGCAAGUCUCAAACCGAGGUUCUUCGAGGUGUUAUUCAAAGUCAAAUGGACGGCUAUGUCAAGUGGAUGAAACAGCAAAGAGGAGAUCGUGUAGAAGAAGACAGUGAACUGAUUUCAUCAGAAGAGCAAAAACCUGACUGCAGCAGCAAUACUGUUCAAGAAGCAACAAGCUCCAUCAGAGCAAUCAGUCACGGUUGGGAGCGAUGGGAUUACUUCGGUCUCAAUCCUCAUAAACGAUACAUUCAUGUUUUGAAAGAAGAAGCUGAUAAGAAAAUAAAAGAAAACAGAAAGUUUCAUGAUAAGCAUGAAUCGAGAGCUAAAGACUCUUAUAGUAGUAGAUAUCAAGAAAAUGAUGAAAGAGAAAGGGAAGACUUUACUGAUAAGGAUAAUAAACAUUAUAAAUACGAUUAUUCGCAAAGCAGAUAUAAAUCCAGUAAAUAUCACGGACGCCGCAAAAGCAUUGAAGUGAAAUUAAAUAAGCACAAAGAAAGAGAGUAUUACAGGGUUGAUUCUCCUAGAAUAAAAAUUGAACCUCAUUCAUCUUCUUAUGAUAAACAUGAAGUUCAUGUUGACUAUAGAAGUGAUAGAAAAGAUUCCAAAAACCCUAGCUUCCCCAAUUGCCAUACUACUUCAAAGAGUAACGUCACUUCCUAUUCAGAAUGCUACAGGGAAAGUCGUAAGACAAGAGAUCGCAAGCAUAAAUCAUCUCACAAAUAUAAAAAGAAAAAGUACAGUUCUAAAAAGAAAAAGCGGAAACGUCACUCUAGUACUGGAAGCUCGGAAACUGGGGAUUCCAAAUUGACUGAUGAAAAUAAUUCAAUUUCCGAAUAAAAUGUUUUCCCUUUUCA